GGCGUAGCACGUCACAUGAGUGACACAACCAGACACUGCUAAAAUGCAAGCUAACUACACAUUAAAUGUCACACGUUGUGAACAAGUGACGGAAACUGUCUCAUUUUCAUCUCGUUUUCGUCAUGUCAGACGUAAACUGGCAUUUGUCUCGUAAAAUGUUUUUAGCUCGUAAUUGUCUCGUCGUCGUCACGAAAAAAAAGUGUUCGUCGACGAAAUAUUUUUGUUAUCGUUGACGAAAACAACACUGAUUGCAAAAGUAUUGGGUAGUGUUGUACCAAUACAAUUGUAACCUGAAAUGUCAUUUAAAAAAUCUAACUAUAUCCUGCAGUUAAUGUUUUGUUAUUGCUAUGAAUAAUCAUGUGAAUCAUCACGGAUUAUUUAAAAAAAAAAAAAAAAGGCACGUUCGUCACGUUCCAAUUUGUUCAUCUGGACGAUCUAAUCUUGAGAAUCAGUCUGCACCACGAUGUCGCACGCGAGAGGACUGGACGGACCAGUUCAUGCGACAAGUCCAUCCGUCUAUAAAAUAAGAACCGUGCGUAGGCUCGUGCAUCAGUUGCCUUCUCUUCUGACCGGACCAGCUUCCACUCAUAAAAUUGCAGCUAUGUCCCAGCAGGUGGACCAACCCAAGGCAUUCACCGUGACCACCAUGACCAGUCUAAGCAACAAAUGGAGUUCAGACAUCUGCGACUGCUUUGACGACCUGCCCCAAUGUUGUUUUGCCUUCUGGUGCCUCCCUUGCUUCACGUGCAAAACAUCGCACGAUGCCGGCGAGUGCCUUUGCCUGCCCUUGCUGGACGCCUUCGGGGUCAUCCCGCCCAUGACCACAGCCCUCCGGGUGUCUGUACGCCAGCGCUAUGGCAUACAGGGCACAGUUUGCCACGACUGCAUUUACGCUUGUUGCUGCGGACCGUGCACCUGGUGCCAAAUCGCCCGAGAAAUCCAAGCCAGAAGACAUCCAAUUACAUUCGUCAACAUGGCGCCUUGAAAAAAUGUCUGACGUCCUUCAUCGGCUCCCCCCACGUCAUUGCUGACAAGUGCAUAUUGUAGGACUUUGUGUCUCGUUCAGACGGCAAGAUGCGUACAGUAUAUCUGAUCUGGACCGAAUCAACAUCGCCACUCCCGGAAUGUCACCAAGCAGCUGAUUAUGAUGAAGAAAUUCUAACCUAGUAAAGAAAUAGGACCUGUAUCACAUUUAUUUAUGGUAAUAGAUAUAACCUGGCAUUUUCCCCCAAAAAAUCCUUAUACUGUAAUCUGCUCCUGUCAUGUUCUAAUUAAGCAACUAACAAAAAGUGAAGGUAAAGAAGUCUUACUCUCAACUCUUGUCUAAGCUUUAACAACAAGUAAAAUAGCAACUACCACUUAAAAUGUGUGAAGUUUUUUCUACCUUCUCGCUUGCUCUCAUAAUUAAACAUUAAAACGCUUCAUGAGCCAUGUGUUUAUGUUUCCA